UUGUUAUAAUAAGAAACCGAUGAGCGUGACUCUACACAGAAACACAUUAGAGUAGAAGAAGAAUCGGAGUUGAAAACCAGAGAGAGAAAAUCAUGAGCCGUGGAAACCAGCGUUUUUGUAACCUUAUGUUUGAUGGUGCAUCAAGUGGGAAUCCGGGACCAGCUGGUGCAGGAGCUGUACUAUAUGAUGAAGAUUGGUGUCUGCUCUAUCGAUUCCGUGAAGGACUGGGCUAUCAAACAAAUAACGCUGCUGAGUAUCGUGCUUUAAUUUUGGGACUUAAUCAAGCAAUCUAUAAAGGAUAUAGGAACAUCAGUGUGCAUGGAGACUCCUUGCUUGUUGUCAAUCAGUUUCUGGGUAUAUGGAAAAUCAACAACCCGCGUUUAAGGAACUUAUGCGAUGAGGCUUUGGAGCUAGCAGAUAACUUUCACUCACUCCAGAUUCAACACAUUCCUAGGGAAUGUAACACUGAAGCUGAUGCUCAAGCAAACCGGGCCAUUUAUCUCCGAGAUGGUCAAGUUGAAGAAGAUCGAUAUAUCUGAUCAUCAAAUAGCAUGCCACUGUCAAAAUCUAUAGGCAAACUAUGUUACAUUUUUGCCUAAAACAAUUUACCAUAUUUGGUGUUUGACAUGUGACACUGAAUAUCAAAGGUCAAAUGUUGUUUACAAUUUUGUUAUUUUGAACAUGCCAUGACUUGUAGAUGCCCGCCAUUUGCUUAGGGAAUUAAAAAAACUGAGUUAUGUUUGGAUUGUUAUAUUUUUAUGCUAUUCUACUUUUACUGCUGUUAUCUCACAGCAUUGUUUCUACUAA